AUGAUUCGCGGCGUUGGGGGCUCCAGGACGCUAAAAUGCCGAACACAUCAGGGCGACAGAGGUCUGGGCCCCUGGGGUAGUUAUGGUUGUGAAUAUAUGUUGCUGACUUUCGCGAGCAUCCUGCCAACCUGCAUUCCACGCAUCAGCAGAUCUUGUACCGCUCAUGCGGUUGUUGUGGUCAGUUUAGUCUCUCCAGGCUCACUGGCGUCAUCGCCACCAUCCUCAUCCAGAGGCAAGCCAGAGCAGCUGGGUCCACUGUCGCCGUCGAAGGAGCGCGCGCAGCCGACGCCAAGCAGGCUCUCGGACCUGGACGAGCCUUGCAUCAAGGUGUGCGUCAGGGUCCGUUGCUGGAUUGCAGAGGAGAAGACUGGUGAGCGAGGAGGUCCAGACGUCCUGAGGUGUUGCGUGGAAAUGCCACGGAAGACCUCGGUGCAGAUCAAGAAGGGGGACGAGCCAGCCCGGUCCUUUGAAUAUGAUCGUUGUUUCUGGUCUUUUAGCGACAACCAUCCGCUGUACGCGACCCAACAGACAUUACACGACGAGGUCGGCUGUCAAAUGAUCGAGAACGCCAUGGCGGGGUACAACAAUUGCAUAUUCGCUUACGGGCAGACUGGGAGCGGCAAGAGCUACAGCGUCCUCGGCGGCAGAGGCGAGCAGCGGGGUCUGCUGCCGCGUGUGGUGGAGGGCCUCUUCGAAAGGUUCACCCAGCUGGGUGAGGGCGUCACAGUGAAGGCGGUAGUGGGCUUCAUCGAGAUUUACAAUGAGAAGCUCAGAGACCUCCUUGCGUCCGACGAGACCUCCGACCCGAAAGUGACAUUGGCUGUGCGAGAGCACCCAGUUCUCGGCAUCACUGUGCCAGGCCUCACCCAGACAUUGGUCGUGAAUUGCAAGGAGGUUCUGGACCUCGUGGAGUAUGGCGCCUGCAAUCGCCGCACUUCCGCGACAGCGAUGAACGCGACCAGCAGCCGGAGCCAUUGCAUCUUUUCCUUUAAAACAAAUAUCCAUUUUGGGGAUCAAGUGACGUUGUCCCAGACCCACCUGGUGGACCUUGCCGGGUCCGAGCGGCAGAAGCGCACGCAGGCUGCUGGGGAACGGUUGAAGGAGGGCGCGGCUAUCAACCAGAGCCUCUCCACUCUGGCGCGCGUGAUCUCUGCUCUGGCGGAUAUCUCCAAGAAGAACGGAAACCCGCCUUUCCGCACAUCGAAGUUGACGCACAUUUUGAAGGAAUCUCUCUGCGGCAAUUCGAAGACUGUCAUGGUGGCGGCAAUCUCUCCCUCAUUGGCUGACUAUGACGAGACGCUUUCCACCCUGAAUUUUGCAAAGAGCGUCAAGAAGGUCCAAACGAAAGCGACAGUCAAUGUAUUGAGCUCGGCGACUCUGGAGCAAGCGCUGCGUGAGGAGGUGGAGGCCUUGAAGGCAAAAGUGCAGAUGGCGCAGGAACAGCAGCUUGAGCCCGCGCAAGAUUCCCGGUUGCAGCAAAUUCAGGAGAUGAUCGACAAACAGAACCGCUACAUGGCAAUGAUGGGCCUGAAAUCAGAGAAGGACUUCGAGGCCGUCCGCAGCAAGGAUCUUGCGAUGGCUAAGCGGAGGACUACGCUCGUCAUGAGUGGGCAACUGGGCAACCUCAACGACGACGAGGGGGGCUCCGGCAGCGAGGAGGAGUGGGACGGAAGGGAUCCGGACUGCGACCCAGGCAGUCCACCAAACAGUCCACCUUCGCGAAGGUCGUCCAAGUCCACCCAGCGCUCACACGCUGACGCCAGCAAGAGCCACACUGCGACGGUGCUUGCGCGAGGCAUGUGCAGCACACGUGGCGAGGCCGAGUGCGUCCUGAAGCUGAUGGGGCGGGAGAGCUGCUGCGCCAAGUGCCCGUCGGGCGUGGAGGCACUGACGGAAAGGCUGCAGCAGCUGCAGGAGAUGGCCGAUCGGAUCGCCAGCCUGGCUCCGGGGCGGGUGGACGUGCGCCCCCUGGUCGCCGUCUACGCACGCGAACCGGCCCGCGUGGACGUGGUGGUGCGCGCCGCGGCGUCAGUGGCCGGGCAGGCAUCCCUGCGCCGGGAGAGGUGGCUCUCGUCGGAAGAGUUCAACAGCCGGGCCAGCAGCAUUGCAGCGGCCGCUGGCCGGGGCGGAUCCUCUGGGAGCUUCGGCCCGGCCGACGCGUUGCUUGCCGGGAGGAGCGACGACCUGGAGGCGGAGGGUCUCCGCCAAGAGCUGCGCCGGGUGCGGGACAGGACCCAGGCCGCCAGGGCCGAGCUGGCACGCUUGCGCGCGGUCAGCGGCGCUCCAGCGGGACCUGGGCCCCAUCCAGCAGAUUGCGAGGCCGUGGUGAAACUUCAGGAAGCCCUGGCGGCGCUGGACCAGGCGCAAGACCUCGUGAGUGGCGUGGGAGAGGACGGCGGGGGUCGUCAGACCACGGGGACUCUCCAAGCCCUCUGGGACCAAAACAAGUGCGAGCCUCCCGACGUGCGCUGCCUCUUACGGGGACGCGGGCGCCCGUCGCGCGUUCCCCCAUCUCCUCGCUGCCAGCGCGAAGCUGGAAGCUUGCCAUGGAAGUUCGAAGCUUGUAGUGGGUGGCAAUGGCCCAGAGCCGAUUCAUCUGGGCUGUGGCAG